GAACUCCGUCCGUCCUCGCCCAGCCCCAAACACAAGGGAAGCCAAAAAAGCCGACUUCGCGUAGAAUCUUCAACUUGAACUAAUAAUAAUCUGGGUGAAAGAGCACCAACAUUCUCAGCCUGCCUUCACUCAACGCGUAUAGUAGAGGGAAAAAAAACGAGACAAGUCCAUUUGCUCUUAAAUUUUAAUCAUGAUUUUCCAUACCCCCAUAACCUUUCCUUCCAACUUAUUAUUACUUCGUUUUUCAAUCCAACCAAAAAGAAAUUAUUCACACCCAACACCUUAAAAUAUUUUCGAACCAUGUUGAAUGCCAUCAACAUUUGACCUCCCAUAUCAUAACCCAUCGCCCAUACCGAUACCGAUACUGUACGAUUGAUUCGAGGGCUCAGGAUAUCCGUCCUUGACACAUACAAUACCUCACCACCCUAAUUUCUGCGACCGUCAAUUCCAACCCUUCAAACUUUCACGUCUCACAACUCCCACGACUUCUCCAUCAUGGCUUCAGCAAGCAGGCCUUCGCCGACUAUCUCGACUCCACGACGAAAGUCGUCGGGUCCGAAAGAGAAGAAUUCUAUGAUCAUUACUCUCAAAUUAUCUCCUGCAAAGUUAAGGGGUGUUGGUCAGUCUUUGUUCAAAGAAGACUCUCCGUCAAAGGAUUCCGCUUCAACAAUGCCAACUGCUGCACCUGUCGCAAAGAGUCAAAAUGGUGAUGUUCCGGCCGAGUCGGAUCCAAAUACUCCCGUACCAAAUGGUACUGAUACACCAGUUUCGUCAUCGAUGCCCCCUCCAACGGAAGCAAUCAAGAAGAAGGCUGGCGUUAAGAGGAGUUCUACUGCCGCCUUGGGAUCGGAGACAACCCCAAGGGCUAGAGGCAAGCCAGGUCCCAAAAAGAAGGCAAGAUUGGAUGAUGGCACACUUGCUCCCAACGGAAGUACUCCAAGGGCGUCCAAUGGAAAUAGCUCCCAUCGGCUUGGGCCCAAGGCCAACCAAGGCGCAAUUAAUGCUGGUUUACGUGCCCUCGAUCGUUCUGGUAAACCUUGUCGCAAAUGGGAGAAGCGCUCCUUCGUUAUCAAAACAUUUACGGGCAUUCCUAUCGAAAUCCCUAGAUGGAGAGCCCCUCCUAAAGUGGCCAUUAACCCCAGUACUGAAGGCUCGUCAACCGGUGAUAGCAGCAAGGAAAAUAAAGAAAACAGCCAGAUUGAAAGUGAGAAGAGCACUAGCGCGAUGGAUGUUGAUGCUACCAACCUCGUCAGCUCUCCUCCAGCUAUAGCUUCAGCUCCAGCUCCAGCUCCAGCCUCUACCGCUACCUCUACCUCUACCUCUACCUCUAUUUCUGCACCUGCUGUUGCAACUACUUCUACUCAAGAUCAAACUCAGUCUCCUGCGAUCAUCACUGCUUCCGCCUAAUACUUUUCCCUACAUUAAUCUUUUAUCCCGUGUAUUAGAACUCGGAUUUUACCCAAUCAACCUUUUCUUUCUCGUUAAUGGGCAAUCUUUUCAUGGAACCGGAUUACAAAAUGUCCCCACGGCUUUACCACCAGAGCAAGACAUGUACAAAAUUUUCUUUGGUUUCAAUUCACUGGACUUUGGGAAAAUCUACGGGGCGUUGUGAAUGGAAUGGGGUGGAGUGGAAAUAAAUUCCGCCGAGGCAAUGGUGUUUCUGGCGUUUCCUCAGCGCAGGGGAGUGUUAAUGUAGCAUAUCGUGGCCUUUGGGUUCACACAUUAUUGCUUGAACAAUUCUAGAUUAUGA